CACAGCGUGAAAUGGCUCAGUUUCAGUGGAACUGCCGGCGGUAACGCGUGGAAAACGAGAUAAAUAAGAAAACCGAAAUAAAAUAAAAUAAGAUAAUAUUUAAAUAAGAAAAAAUAAGAAUAUAACAAAAACACAAACACACUGUAACAGCAACAAAAACGAAAAGAUAAUUUUUUUGUUUGUGUUUUCGCUGAUUUGAGCAAAGUGAUAAAAAACGCUGACGUAUUGGUGGCAGCCAAGAAGUAGCCGUCGCAGCAGCAACAACAACAACCACAAUAGCAGUGUGUAGAAAACAAAAAUAUUUUUGAGAAUAUUUAUAAAUACAAAUAGAAAUGUCUAGUAAAUAUAAGAUUGCUGCGCUUAUAAAAAUAAAAUAUUUGAAUACAAAAAUAAAUAUGAAAUAAAUUAAAAGCAAAUGAAGUGGUGAGCAGCAGCAGCAGCAAAAAGCAAAAAAGAGUGGGUGACUUUGUUCGAAGCUUUUAUCGCUUUCUGUAAAUAUAUCCUAUAUGUAUAUAUAUAUAUCUAUAUAUUUGAGAAAAAUUAUUGCAAAUAAAUUUAAAAAGUGUGUGACAGCGUAAAGUCGGUGCACAGCAGCACAACAAACACAAGCGAAAACAAACAAAUAACAAAGAAAUUGAAAUACAAAAAAAGAAACAAAAUAAAAAGCAUCAAAAAAAUCGAAAAACAAAAACAAUAAAAAACUGCAAACGAAAGAAUUUAUUGCGACAAGAAGUUGGAGUGGGUUGACAUUUGUGCGACUGUGUGCGAUUGUGUGUGUGUGUGUGCAUCAAUGUGCCUGUUUACAAACACUCACACAUCCAAAUAAAACCACCAAAGGGAGACAGCCGUCGGCUGAACAAAGUGUAGUGCAUUGUAAGCACUGGCGACGCGGCGUGCGACGCGGCAUUGCCUGUGCCUUGCUGAUGUGGUGUGCUGAGCUCUGCGGCCCGCUGCUGAUGAUCUAAGAUUUAUUAAUUUAUUCUUCCAUAAUGGCAGAAAUCAUAGCAGCAACUGUAAAUAUCUAAAGCUCUAAGUGUAUGUUGUAAGUGUGCCGAAAGUGUUAAGUUUGAGCUUCAAUUUCAUCUCGUAAUAAUUCUUCACCAUCGACAGGAAAUAAGCAGUAGAGGCAUAAUGACCGCCACAUCACAUAAAUGGGACAAAUUGUCGCCGCGCGAGUUUCAACAGCUGCAGGAAUUGGCAUCAUAUUCAACGAGAAAACUACAGGAUGUGCUGCAGGAUUUUUGUGCACCACAUGCCUCACCCAAAUUCAAUCCCGAUGGGGACAUUGACUACGAUGGCUUUCGCUGCUUCCUCGAUGCCUUUCUCGACUGCGAGACACCAGUCGACUUGGCCAAACAUCUAUUCGUUUCCUUCCUCAAGCCGAACGUCACACAGUCGCAGCUGCAUGGCAAGGCGCUCAAUCAGAUGGCAGCCAUUAGCAGUACGACGGCGUGUGCGGCCGUCACAUCGCAUACGAAGGGCUCCAUACCGAAUAUCAGCAGUAUUGCUGAAAUUGCAGCACCAGCGGCAAGCGAAGCGCGUCACACCUUCGUGGAGAAGAUUCAUGGCAUCACCGAUAAGCUGCACUCAUUGAGCGGCCAUUUGACACAUGAUCCCAGCAAGACGGGCAGCGUACAUCCGAUGGUUACCGUUACGCCCAGUCCACUUGCGAGUGGCCCGUCCAUAUUCCAGAGCAGCGCUGCGGCGCGCCGUUCCGUCGACUCGAGUCCAUCGCAUUCGCAAGCCAAUCAUUCACAGAUGUCACGUAACUCAUCAAAGAAGAGCAACAAUUCGGUUAAUUGCAAAAUCGAUACUGAUAUCAAACUUUUGGCACGCAAACUUUCACACUUUGAUCCAUUGACGCUGAAGGUGCCGCUCAAGGAUGUCGUCUGCUAUUUGUCAUUGCUGGAAGCUGGACGACCGGAAGAUAAGCUUGAAUUUAUGUUUCGUCUAUACGAUACCGAUGGCAAUGGUGUCCUUGAUACGGCCGAAAUGGAUGCGAUUGUUAAUCAAAUGAUGGCUGUUGCCGAAUAUCUUGGCUGGGAUGUCAGCGAAUUGCGACCGAUUCUGCAAGAUAUGAUGGUGGAAAUUGACUAUGAUGCCGAUGGAACUGUUUCACUGGAAGAGUGGCAGCGUGGCGGCCUGACAACCAUUCCACUGCUCGUGCUCUUGGGCGUUGACAAUACGGCACUGAAAGAGGAUGGCAUUCAUGUGUGGCGCUUAAAACAUUUCAGCAAGCCGGCAUAUUGUAAUCUCUGCCUGAAUAUGUUGGUCGGCCUUGGCAAAAAGGGUCUCUGCUGUGUGUUAUGCAAAUACACGGUGCACGAACGUUGCGUGCAACGUGCCCCACCCUCCUGCAUCACCACCUACGUGAAAACAAAGAAAGCCAAGGGUGGCGGCGACAUGUUGCAUCACUGGGUCGAUGGCAAUUGCUACGGUCGCUGCUCCAAGUGUCGCAAACGCAUUAAGGCAUAUCACGGCAUCACCGGCUUGACGUGUCGCUGGUGCCACAUGAUGCUACACAAUCGCUGCGCCUCGUCGGUCAAAAAGGAAUGUACUUUGGGCGAAUAUGCGGAUUUAAUUAUACCGCCAACGGCCAUCUGUCCGGCGGUCUUGGAUCGCCAGCGUUCGGUAAAUCAAGCGAAUAAAAAAUCGCAAAUCAAUCAUCAGGCCACACAUUUUCAAAUUACACCGCCAAGUGAGAGCAGCUGUCCGCUGUUGGUAUUUGUGAAUCCGAAGAGUGGCGGUCGACAGGGUGAUCGUAUAUUGCGAAAAUUUCAAUAUAUGCUCAAUCCGAGGCAGGUGUAUGAUCUCUCGAAAGGUGGACCAAAGGAAGGUUUGACGUUAUUCAAAGACAUGCCGAACUUCAAGGUGAUUUGCUGUGGUGGUGACGGCACGGUUGGUUGGGUGCUCGAAGCGAUGGAUUCCAUUGAGCUAGCCACACAACCGGCUAUUGGCGUCAUACCACUAGGCACUGGCAACGAUUUGGCACGCUGUCUGCGCUGGGGUGGCGGCUAUGAGGGCGAAAAUAUACCCAAGCUAAUGGACAAAAUUAAACGCUCGUCCAUUGUAAUGUUGGAUCGUUGGAGUAUUGAGGUGACGAAUGCGGCGCCUGUGGCAGAAAUACUACGACCAAAGGUCACGCUCCACUCGAAUAUGCAGAAAGUGAUUGAGCUAUCGCAGAGUGUUGUGGUCGAAAAGGCGCUUUUCGAGAAAUUCGAGGAGUUCCACCGCAGCACCAGCGUUUGCACGAACAUGUGCAGUGGCAGCAGCAGCAAACAGGAGCACAUGACCACAACGGCAUCCACGUCAUCGAUGAGUUCGUCGAUUACCACAGCAACCGAAUACGCCACCGAUGCGGUUGGCAGCGGUAUGCGUGGUACGAGUGUCGGCGGUGCGGGAGGCGGCAUUGCGGGCAAUGGUGGUGGUGGUGGUAGUGGAGGUGGCAACGUGGGUCGUGCAACCAAAAGCAUAUCAAUGUCGACAUUCGAAACGAAGCGCACGCUCACAACACUCAGCAAUAGCAGCAGCAGUUGCAGCAGUACGAGCACAAUUAUUAGACAACAAAAGCAACAACAGCAGCACGAGGAACAGGAGCGCCAAAGGGAGCGACGUGAGCGAACGCAAUCAGAAGACUUGCAAUCACCUGGCACACCGCAAAAGCCGGAAAUGGCUAAAAGCGUCGACGGCGAUGCAAUUGAUGAUGCCAGCAACAACAAUAAUAACAGCAGCAACAACAACAAUGACAACGAUAAAACGAACAAUCGUGUUGUGAAUCGCACCGAACGCCAUUCAAUACACGCGCCUGCGGUGGCAACAGACAUUCCAAAUAAUCCGGCAGCUGGGCAGAAAAGUGAAGUGGAAGCUGCAAUGGCGCCAGAACAAUUACAGACACCUCCUAGCGCGAAAAGCAUAUCAACACCAACAGAAAGGGAAAAUAUUGAACUCAGCGCUGCAUCGAUGAAAGCGACUACCGCCGCAACCGUCAGCACCACUCCUGACACCACUGCCCCCACCGCACCCAUUAGUCACAUUAGCAAUGAGGUAGAGCUCGCAGCUGCGGCAGUGGCAGCAGCGGGGGUAUCGACUGCCGCUGACAGCUCGACAGUGCCAAACACGCCAUUGUCACCGACAUCGCCAUUACCGAUCUCUUCGGCAUCGCCCAAAUAUUCCCCUACACCAUCUGGCACCGCUGGCGCACCGGAGGCAGAAACAUUAGCAGCAGAUGCAGAACCCACAACACCGUCCACAUUGACUUCGUCCGGCAGUGCAGCAGCGAAAAGUCAGACUGUCAUAUCUCUGCCCAAACAGAUUAAAGUGCAGCCGGAAAAAGAUUGCACAGUGCCCUAUAAUAUCAUCAACAAUUACUUCUCAGUCGGUGUGGAUGCCGCAAUCUGCGUUAAAUUCCACUUGGAGCGCGAGAAGAAUCCGCACAAAUUCAACAGUCGCAUGAAAAACAAGCUGUGGUACUUUGAAUAUGCUACUUCAGAAACAUUUGCGGCGUCAUGCAAGAAUCUGCACGAGAAUAUCGAAAUUGUGUGCGACGGUGUUUCACUAAAUUUAGCCAAUGGCCCACAUCUACAAGGCGUCGCCCUGCUAAACAUUCCUUACACACAUGGCGGCUCCAAUUUGUGGGGUGAACAUCUGUCACAGAAACGUAUACGCAAAAGCGCUGGUCCAUUCCGUAAAGGGAAGAAACUUAAAUCUUCGGAUAAAGAACUAUCGGCGACAAGCUUUACAUCUGUGGACUUAUCAGUUGCAACGCAAGAUUUUGGCGAUCGUCUGAUUGAAGUUAUUGGUUUGGAAAAUUGUUUACACAUGGGUCAAGUGCGCACCGGCUUACGCGCCUCCGGUCGACGUUUGGCACAGUGCAGUGAGGUCAUUAUUAAAACGAAGAAAACAUUUCCAAUGCAAAUCGAUGGUGAACCAUGGAUGCAAGUACCUUGCACGAUAAAAGUCACUCAUAAGAAUCAAGUUCCUAUGCUAAUGGCACCACGUUCCGAAAAGGGUAGAGGCUUUUUCAAUUUACUAUGCAGCUGAUUUCGGCGGAGCGUUUCCGCUAGUAGUUCCAUCGGGCAGCCACUAAUGGAACGACACCAACAACAACACAAAGAAACCACCGUCCAACACAUAGAAUAGCUUUAAUUUUAUUGCAUUACAACAAAAGUAUGCGGAAAAGGGAAAAGGAAAUGAAAUAAACGAACAAAAGAAAAAAUAGUGAUGUCAGUAUAUGUGAAACAAAGAAAUACAAAUGUUAAAGAUGUUAAAUACAACCUAUUACAUAUAUAAUGUAUAAAAAUAGCAGCUAGUUGUAAAAGCGAAGAACUACAAAUUUUAAUUCAUUCAUAUAGUGAGCUUUAAUUUAUUUUAUUACAGCAUAUUUAAGUUAAACAACAAAUUGUAAUAUUUUAGGAAAAUAGUAAAUUUAUUAGAGAAAUAAUGUUUCUAAUAGUGAAAUACACGAUAUACAACAAACUUUGUAGAAAUAUAUGCAUGUAUAUAAAACGCCACUGAAUAAGUUAAACGUUAAUAAGAAAAUAUAAUAAUAAAUAAUAAUCAAAAUUAUAAAAUAAAAAUAAAUAUAAAAAUUAUAAAUUAAUAAUAAUUUUUUAAUUGAUUAUACUUACUACAUGUAGUUGCCCAAGUGCUUCAAAGGCUUAACACAAAUACAAGAGUCCUAGCCAGCUUUCAAUGCGCUUUUUAAUUUUCGUAAUAAAAAUAUGUAAUAUUUAUAAUAUAUUUAAUACUAUGUAGCUAACUAUUAAAUAAACUGUCAGCGAAUUUGUCGAUAAAUAUUUUAAUGGACAUCUGUAAGAAUCUGUACAUAUUUAAACAUUUAAAUAUUUAUUAAAAAUGACUGGGCAAAAUCAUGAAAUUGUUAAAAUUGCUUUGCCUUAGGUGUAAUGUUUUAAUUAAUGUAAAUAUUUUACAAUAAAAUAAGAAAAUAGUCAAUUUUCUUUUUCUAGUCACGAUCCUCAUUUUUAUUAAUGACCUUAAUUAUUUUUAUUUGAUUAAGUACUUAAAUAUUUUUAGAAAAUCGUAAAAUUAAUUUAUAUUAGUAACAAAAUAUCGUAGAGAAAACUUUAUUUUUAUUUAUUUUUUAUAAUUUUAUUUAUUUGUUUUAUUAAAUUUUUGCAAAUUUUACCAUUUUUAUUAAUUACUAUUUAUUUUUUAGUUACAAAGCAUUUAUUAUAGCGCACCCUGUUAUCGUUAUGUUUACAAUUUCAUUGGUACUUCAAUUUGCAAAAAAUAGAAAAUAAGUGAUUAUGUUUAAAUAAAAAGUUUUUUUUUCGAUUUAUCAGUGCACAGAGUUUUAAUUUUUUUUGCUUUCUUCUUUAGAAAUAUUUUUUUGUAACAUUUUAUUGUAAAAAGCAAAGCAAACGUAAUUUGAUACAACCGAUAUCAAGUGUAAAUAAAUGAUAUUAUGAUAUUGGUUUAUACAAAAAAAAUAAAAAUGUCGUAAAGGAAAAUAUAUCAGUAAAUGGUGCAGCUUUAAUGGAAUUUUCAAAGAAAACAAAUUGCAUAUUAAGUACAUAUACAAAUUAUUACAUACAUACUUAAAUAAUUAUAAAAUACUAACAUAGUACAUAUUUAUAUAUGUAUGUGCAUAUGAAUAGUUUUAGUAACGUAUAUAUGAAAGUAAAGUAAAGUAAAAUUGAAGCUUAAAAACAGAAAAAAUAAUAUUUGCAGAAUAAAGGCUAUAUAGAUAAACAAAUAAUUUUUGGCUAUAGAAUGAAUUUAUGUUAAACAUACAUAUAUAUGAAUUUUAGAAGUACUUCCAUUUAUAUGCCACAUUGUUUUAACUAUAUUUUUAUUAAGUUAAAAAAAAAUAUAUUUUCCGGAAUAAAUCUUUGGGUUCAUAAAAUAAAUUUAUAUAUUCUGGUGAUGUUGAAAACUUCAUAUCUAUUACUUCAAAGUCCUCUUUUUGUUAUAUCAUAUACGUUUUGAACCAAGACAACCCAAAGCCUCGCUAAUUAUUAUAUAAUGUGUGCCGGUCAACUAAAUUGUUUCAAUUUCAAUUAAAUUUAUGGAUUUCGAUUAUAAUGCCGUCCGUUUAUCCAGCUGGUAAGAUUAAGUCUUCAAGUGUAUAACUUAAAAACAAACAAAAAAUGUUUUGGCUUUAAAUAUUUCUGAUUCAAACCCACAAUACACAGGGUUAUAACAUAUUUUUAAAAAUACAUGAUAUGUACAAUUAUUUGCAUUCAAAAUGUGCUUUUUCGAAAUUAAAAAAAAUAUAUAUAAAAAUCUGAUUAAUAAUUUUUGUUAAAUAUUGUAAAUAUUUAAAUAGUUAAGUAGGCCAUAGAUUUGCAUAUACUCAAUAAAAAAUAUGUAGAUAUAUAUAGUUAUAUACGUAUGUUAGCGGUAGUUUGUAGUCUAGGCAUAUUGUAUUGAGUUUUUAGAAAUUAUUUCAAACGAAAUAAAAAGCAUUUUUGAAAACAUUUCAUAUGCGAGCAUACACCACACAGCGCAUACAUAUAGACAUGCAUUUCUGCAUGUAAAUAUGUGUGAGUUAGUGUGCGUGUAUGCGUUUGCUUAUGAAAUAGAACACCACAGUAGGAGUUAACAUUAAUUAUAAUAAAACAAAAACAAACAUACAUAUUUAAAAUUAAAUAAAAGUAAUAGAGAAUUAUAUACAUACAUACAUACAAAUAUAGAGCUAUUUACACAUAUACAUAUGUAGUUAAACAAUUUGUAGUAAAUAUAUAGAAAAGAAUUCGAUAAAACAAAAAAAAGUGUUUAAUAUAUACAUACAUACAUAUAUACAACUAGUUCGAGCGUAAUGUAGUGUUAGGAAAAUUGCAAAAUUUGAAUAAAAAAAAUAUAAUAUGUAGGCACAAUUUAUUUUUGUUUAUUUUUUUGUAUACAAAGUAUGACAAUUAUAAAAUUUAAAUUUUUUAAAUCAAUUUGUUUAGUUCUUAUGAAUAUUUAAAGCUUGCAUUUUUUUAAUACAUUUGCAUUACAGUUUUGAAGCAUUUACUUAACUUUUAACUAAUUAAUAAAUUUUUUAAUAUAUUUGAAAGCAGUUUGUUUUUUAUUUGUAAUGACAUUUCAAAUACACCAACACGAAAAAUAAAAAUACGAUAGCUUUUGAAGGCUGGAAAUGAACCAACAACAACUAAUUAAUGUUAAAAACAUGCAUUUUUAA